AUGGAUUUAAUGAAAACAAGACACUAUAGCUUAGAUGAAGCAUCAAUGAGAAGCGGAGCGUUAGCAGCCAUGGAGGCGGAGCCAGACCUCAGCACAUUCGAGAACAAGAGCGGCCUAGCAGAGGACAUGAAGUUCUUGGCGUCAAUGCCUGAACUGUGUGACGUCACGUUCCUCGUCGGCGACACUAGAGAGCCAGUCUGCGCUGUCAAGGCUGUGCUGGCUGCCAGAAGCAGAGUAUUCCAAAAAAUGCUCUACCAAGCACCGAGUCCCCAACGAAAGAAAGAGUCUGCGCCACGCGAGAACAAGUUACGACUCUUCUUAAAGAGGUCAUCUGAGCCCCUGCUAAACCUCCAGAAUGCUGCUCAACAGCCUUCUUCGCAACAGCACCAAACCCUGAUUAUUGAAGAGUUCGAACCAGAUGUGUUUCGGCAAUUGAUUGAAUACAUUCACACCGGCUGCGUCACUCUACAACCGAGGACAUUGCUUGGUGUAAUGAACGCAGCGGAUUAUUACGGACUGGAUGAGCUACGCCGCGCAUGCGCAGGUUUUGUCCAGUGCUGCAUCACUGUAGAUACUGUAUGCGCUCUACUGGCGUCUGCUGAAAGAUACAUUCAGUAUAAAUGUACCAAGUCUUUGGUGCAAAAGGUUCUAGAAUUCGUAGAUGAACAUGGGAACGAAGUUCUUAAUUUGGGUUCCUUCACUCUUUUGCCUCAACACGUCGUGCGACUGAUACUAGCUAGGGAUGAACUGAAAGCUGAUGAAUUUACCAAGUUUCAAGCUGCUCUCAUGUGGAGUAAGAAAUAUUUCGACACAAACCCGAACAUGGUGCUGAAAGAUGUGAUUGGUAAUUUCUUGGAGUACAUCCAGUUCCAUAAGAUUCCUGCUAAUGUUCUGAUGAGGGAGGUACAUCCUCUUGGCUUGGUUCCUUACUCCAUCAUCAUGAACGCUUUGGCUUAUCAGGCAGACCCGGCCAGCGUAGAUCCCGGGAAGCUAUCUCCUGCGCGUGUCAGGCGCGCCGGCCGCUCCAUGUCUGUACAGUCCUCCCUUGACCCCUACGGCUCCAACACAACCCUCUCCUCGACUGGCUCCAGCGACCGCGCUGCCAGCAAGAAGUUCGGCGAAAGGCGCUCUCCAACCCCCAAAACAAGGGAACCGCGAUCCAAAUCAGAUUCCAUUAAGCAUGCAGCUCUCACAAGACAAGUAUCAGAGACUGUCGCGGCCUCAGGAGAUCCAACAUUCGAGCGAUGCAAACCAAGAAAGCGCGAUAGUGAAACUGAAUUUCCCGUACGGAAAUCAACGUCUGAAAUCUCUGAGAGUUUUCCUUUCGUGCGUCGUGCGCUAGCGGAAAUAGAAAAUGGGCUAAAUUACUUCCGAAGAUCAAUAACGUCAGACGUAACAGAACCAAGAGCGCCAUUGUUACGGACAGAACCAGUAGUAGUAGUUGCGGCCGCUGAAGAUGAACCGCCAGCUUCUCCUCCCCCGAUGGGCUUGAAAGAGCGCCGCGGUUCCCGUGGAUCUCCUUGUGCUAAUCUACCUCCCCUCAUGCUACCGCCAGCUGUUCCAGAUCUAUCGCCAGGCCACUUAUCCCCAAAUCGCUUAUCACCACAACGAUUGAAAGAACCGCUUACAGCUCCUCUCAUAAAUCCACCGCGACGUUCCCGCACGCGAUCAGAAAUGCCCCCAGACCGCCCCCCACGGUCGCCAGAUACACCGCGACCAGCAUCAGUGUCUCCCAAACAUACAUUUGCGUUUAAGAUAGUGCUAAAAAAGGUGGAAAGUACGCCGAACACUUCGUUUGAUAAGCCGGAACAAUGA